CCUUUUUUUUUUUCUUUCGUUGAGGUUGGUACUGUUCGCGCAUGGAGAUUUUUACAAAAGCGAAGGCUGUGAAAUUGAGGAGUCACCUGGAGAAAUCCCUAGUGGCCGACGACGAUCAAGAAACCGUUCGUCAAAGCCGAAAUAGCUCAGGCAUAAGAGCUAGGUGGUUCGUCGAGCUUGUUCAUGAUAAACCAAACGUUAUCCGUCUCAGAAGUUGCCAUGGGAAGUACUUGACCGCCACCGAUAUACCCUUUCUUUUAGGCAUGAUGGGUAACAAGGUGCUGCAAACGGUACCGGAUAAGAUGGAUUGGAAACUCCAGUGGGAGCCUAUAAGAGACGGCUCCCAGAUCAAGUUCAGGUCUUGGUGCGGUAAAUUUCUGCGCGCGAAUGGAGGAACGCCGCCGUGGAGAAAUUCCAUCACUCAUGACGAACCCCAUACCGGUGCGACGCAGAGAUGGGUGUUAUGGGAUGUGGAGGUGGUUCAGGUGCCGGAGUCAGAUUCGGUAUUGGAGUAUAUAUCAUCGGUUUCGAGAUUUUCUUCGGUGUCCGAUGAGGUUUUGGAGACUUUGAGCGAUGGUGUUUUCGGGUCAGGGCCGCAGUCGCCGAUCUCCGCCGUGUCGUCGGUAAAGUCCACGAGGUUUUCAAUGGUUUCAACAGGGUCACCCAAACAGACAAAUUCUAACAAAUAUCGGGUGGCGGCGGUGGAUUUGUUCCUCAACGCCAAAGCGGUGCGCCUACGGAGUCACCACGACAAGUAUCUCGUCGCCGAAGAAGACGAAGAAUCCGUUUCUCAGGACCGGAACGGCUCAUCCAAAAACGCCCGAUGGAUCGUCGAGUUGGUACCCGGAUUCGAAAACAUCACCCGCUUAAAAAGCGUUUACAACAAGUAUCUCACCGCCUCGAACCAACCCCUUCUACUCGGGACGACCGGUCGGAAGGUGAUUCAAUCGCUUCCUAAGAGGCUCGACUCAUCGGUCGAGUGGGAACCCCUUAGUGCAGGGAAUCACGUGAAGCUCAAGACCCGGUACGGUAACUUCUUGAGAGCCAAUGGAGGGUUACCCCCUUGGAGGAACUCGGUGACUCACGAUAUUCCUCAUAAAACUGCUACUCAAGAUUGGGUGCUGUGGGAUGUUGAUGUUGUGGAGAUUCAAGUCAAGUCUCUACCUGCCGUUCCUGAUGAAGAUUCGUUGAAUUUGGAACCUACUUCGCCUUCUGCAGUUUCGGCUCGGUCGAGUGAUUCUUAUGUGGAUUCGCCGCACAAAUCCGAUUGUAGGACCAUAUACUACCGUGUAGAGGACGACAAUGGGGAGGCCGAUGAUGAGGCAGCGGAAGGGCACUCUUUUAGUUUCAAGGGAAACAAUGUGGCCGAACUGACUCAUAAAUUAAUGGAAGAAACAGGGCACGAGGAUAUCGUGGUGUGUACCCGCAGCCCUUUGAACGGGAAGCUUUAUCCUCUUCGGUUACAGCUUCCGCCCAACAAUGCCGAUAUGCAUGUCGUCGUUGUUUUGCCAUUAGGCUCCAGAGGCGAGGCUUCUCUUUGUUGAUUCACUCAUCCCUUCCGCUGGUAUUUCAUUUGACAUGGUUUUUUCAGGGGCAAGAAAUUUUGCAAAAUGAGGAAUUAAUGCAUGUGAGCUCCAUGGAAGGAACGUAGAUUGUAUAUACUAGUCUCAAGUCUCUUGUUAUACUUAGAUUAUAGUAUUCAACGAGUCGAUUACAUCCCAUUGCGUUUUUUCAGCUAUAGGUUGGGUUAAAGUCCAGUGGAGAAUGGAGAUUGUAUUGUUUUUUCCUCUAUAUCAGAGGAUUUGUGUUGUGUAAAAUAUUUUUAUGUGCUUUCUGCCAAACUUAUUUUGAAAUCCCAUAUAUAUACAUCACCUCAUUGUUUUUCCCA